UAUUGAAAGGGAGAAAGAAACGACAGGGAGAGGAGACGAAAGCAGAAGCCGCUUAGAGACGCCCAUAGCCGGCCCACCUUCAGAUUUGCCAAACCACUCCCUUCCAAAUCCCAGCUUUGCCGCCCCUUCCCUUUUCCUUUAUAACUCCUCUCCUUCAAAGACCAAGUCAUCUCUCUCUCUCUCUCUCUCUCUCUCUCUCUCUCUCUCUCUGGUGAAGACUAAUGGCGAAGAUUUCACAACAACAACAACAGCAGAAGAACACCAACAACAACAGCAAUGGCAACAACAACAACAACAGCAAUCUUACUACGACUACCACAACGAAAAUGAAACGAACGAGGAAAAGCGUCCCCAGAGACUCUCCCCCUCAACGCAGCUCCAUUUUCCGGGGUGUCACGAGGCAUCGAUGGACUGGUCGAUAUGAAGCUCAUCUCUGGGAUAAGAACUGCUGGAAUGAAUCCCAAAAUAAGAAAGGAAGACAAGUCUAUUUAGGUGCUUAUGACGAUGAAGAAGCAGCUGCACAUGCAUAUGACUUGGCAGCAUUGAAGUACUGGGGCCAAGACACCAUCCUCAACUUUCCUUUAACGACUUACAGCGAAGAACUGAAAGAAAUGGAUGGACAGUCCAAAGAAGAAUACAUAGGAUCUUUGAGAAGGAAAAGCAGCGGAUUUUCUCGUGGAGUCUCUAAAUACAGAGGUGUUGCAAGACAUCAUCACAAUGGAAGAUGGGAAGCUCGAAUUGGAAGAGUAUUCGGCAACAAAUACCUCUACCUUGGAACUUAUGCCACCCAGGAAGAAGCAGCUACCGCGUACGACAUGGCCGCGAUCGAGUACCGUGGACUUAACGCCGUUACGAACUUCGAUCUCAGCCGUUACAUCAAAUGGCUACGUCCCAACCCCCAAAACCCUAACCCUAACGCUAGCUCCGACCCCGCAAACCCUAACCCUAGCCCCAGCGCCGACCUAGGUCUGGGGUUCCUCCGCCAACGCCAAGCCGGCGCCGCCGACGCGGCGCCCCCGCCACGCCCGGCCGGUGGCGCUGCGGCUUCAUCGGCGCUGGGGCUCCUGCUGCAGUCAUCCAAGUUCAAGGAGAUGCUGGAGAUGACGUCGGCCGCAGACUGCCCGUCGACACCGCCGGAAUCUGACAACCCGCGGCGCUGCAGCUUCCCGGAAGACAUACAGACCUACUUCGAGUGCCAGUACAACGGGGAAGGGGAUGACGUCAUCUUCGGCGAUCUGAACUCCUUCGCACCGCCGAUGUUCGAGUGCGAGCUGGAGGUGGAGUGAAAAAGAUCGGCGAUUAUUUGAGCGGUGUGAAUACGAGGGAAGCGACGAGAAGGGGAGAUUCUUUUUGGACGGUUGUGAUCGGUCUGAUGUAGAUAGACUAUAAAGAUUCAUCAUUAUUCUAAUUUAUUUUCAAAUAACGGACACGUGGCGGUUUAAGGGUUUAAGAUGGUGGGUUUUUUUUUUUUUUUUUUUUUUUAAAAAUUAUUGGAAUUUUCAUAAUAGAAGAAAUAUCGCAAUCGUUAUUUUUAUUUUUAUUCUUUUUUCAUAAUGUGGUAUGGACAGGGAUGUGAUUAUAGUGGAUGUUACCGUACACUCAGUAAAUCUGGACCAUUCAAAUGGUGGGUCCCACAGCGAAUUGCCUCUGGUGAAAAAAUGGAAAUCAGAUUGAAUAAACUCUAUGGUUUUUCUUGCGUGGUCCCCCAGACACUGCAAGGUUCGCCAGAUGGACGUUCUGGAUUUACUAAAGAAAAUGGCAUCCAAGCAGCAUUUGAAGAUAAAUGAGUUUUUGUUUUAACU